AGGGGAACCUGGGGCAUAACGGAACGGCGGGGCAUAAUGGGAUAUGAUCUAUAACUUUUUACAGAAGUGCUGUUAUGUAUUGAAAUAUUUUGCAAUUAUUGCUAUUAGAUGAUCCUUAUCGCAUGCUGUUAUCAGUUGUCAUGUUAUUUUUAACUGAAAAAUGCUAUAAAUUUUUUAAUGCGUUCGCUGCACUCUCCGUGACUCGCUUAUAAUUUUGUUGAUAGAUCAACAUGAGGCAACAAUGAUAAAAUUCUAUUUUUUAUUACCAUAAGUAAUUUUACGCUAUUAAACAAUCUUUUCUAGUCACUUUAGUAAAGUAUUUCUGCACAGAUAUUGAUUAUCAAUGAUAUUUUGUAUUUAUUUAGUGUAAAGGUACAUUUGGGGGCAUAACGGGACAUUAGGCCGUGGGGCAUAACGGUACAAUAGGUGCGCGCAGCGCACCUCUCUAACCUUUUCUUAUUAGGUGACUUGCAAGUGUUAGGUUAAGGGAGCGUGUUUCAACAAGAGAAAUUGAACUGAAAGAAACUGAAAAUUAACAGCAACAUUGAAAGAUGGUUCGAAAAUAUGUACGAAAAACCGAGAGGCAGAAAUGGGAUAAAGAUGUAAUGAAUGAUGCUGUAUCUGCAAUUAUUGAAGGAAAUAUGGGUUAUCGCAAGGCUUCUAGUAUAUUUAGAGUUCCCAAAACGACUUUGGAACGAUAUGUUCAGAAAAUGAAAAACAGUUCUGACAAAAUGGUUAAAGUUACAAAAGCAGGUGCUUUCAAAACAGUAUUCACAAAAGAACAGGAAAAGGAGCUUUGUAAUUAUAUAAUUAGCAUGGAGCAGAGACUUUUUGGCCUAACUUCUAUGGAAGUGAGAUCCCUGGCUUUUCAACUAGCGGAAAAAAAUAACUUACAUAAUUCCUUCAAUAAGGAAACUCAAUUAGCUGGUGUAGAUUGGUUACACGGUUUUAUGCAACGUCAUUCAAACAUUUCCUUGAGAAAACCUGAAGCCACAUCUGCUGCUAGAGCCAUGGGCUUCAAUAAAGUUUCAGUUAAAAAAUAUUUUGAUCUAUUAACCAGUAUCGUUCAAACAAGAAAUAUAACAGCAGAUAGAAUAUUUAAUGUUGAUGAGACGGGUGUUACGGUCAAUCCAAAGCAACAAUCCCGAAUUGUGGCCUGUAAAGGUCGUCGACAGAACUCUAAUUUGCAGUGGACGUUAGACGAACUAGUAGGAGCAAUAACUUCUGCAGACCGAGGGGAAACAGUCACAGCGGUAGUUUGCAUAUCUGCCGCAGGUAAUUAUAUGCCACCAAUGCUAAUAUUUCCAAGAAAAAGAAUGCAGCAGGAGUUCCAAACGGGUUUACCCCCAGGAUCAUGGGCUGAAGUCCAUUCUUCCGGAUGGAUAAAUAAAAAUCUUUUCUUAUCUUGGUUUAAGAAAUUUAUAGAUUUCUCAAAACCUUCGUCAACGUCUCCUGUAUUGCUGCUCCUUGACGGACACAGAAGCCAUACUAUAAAUCUUGAUGUAAUUGAUCUAGCUAGAGAAAAAGAUGUCAUAUUAUUAUGUUUUCCACCACAUUGCUCCCAUCGUCUUCAGCCCUUGGACGUAUCAUUUUUUAAACCAUUAAGUAAAUACUACGAAGAUGCAGUAAGAAAAUGGCUACGACACAAUCCUGGACGAGUUGUCACACUCCUUCAAAUAGCAACUUUAUUUGGUGAAGCAUUUGUACAAUCUGCAAACAUGUCAACAGCAAUUAAUGGAUUCAGAAAGAGUGGUGCUUGGCCAACUGACAUGAAUGUAUUCACUGAGGUUGAUUUUUUGCCAGCUGAUCCUACGGACAUUGCGCUUGGAGUAGAUGAAGUAGAUGAAGAAUAUGAGAUUCAUAAUCAGGAUACGAACGAAGGAAAUUGUCCUGAAAUGUUAGCCACAACAUCUACAAUUCAAUCGAAAUUCUUCAGCCAUUGCCAAAAGUUACUCAAGGUAAAAGACGUAAAAGCCGCAAUAGAGGAAAAACUGCAAUUUUAACUUCAUCGCCAUACAAGGCUUUGCUGGAAGCUGCUAAAAAAACAACACCUAAUGCAGAGAAGAAAAACAUGCAGAAGAAAAUAUUAAAAACAAACAAAUAUGGACAGAAAAGACGAACAUAUAAAAAGGAUAAAUCUUGCGAUACAUCUUCGAAAGAAAAUGAUACUCAGUGCCUUUAUUGUAAUGAAUUGUAUUCAACGUCAAAUGAAGGAUGGAUAAGAUGUUCUUCCUGUUUAAAUUGGGCUCACAAUUCAUGUGCUGGAGUCGAUGACAAGGAGGAUAUUAUAUAUUUUUGCACCUACUGCUCUUAAAAUGUUUUUUUUAUUUGAUAAUAAGUGCUAUGAAUAAAUAAUAUAAUUAUUAUUAAAAUCC